AUGUCUGUACUAGACUCAUUUAUUCGUGCUUCGGAUCGCGUAGUAGAGUUCCAAGCAUAUUUUGAAACGCUUCCUGCAGACAUUCACUCAGUACAUACAUUAGAAGUACAGAAGGAUGAGAUUGUGCGUCUAUGGUCCGACUUUAGGGCUUGUUAUGAUGACAUCUUAAAUAAAUUUAAUGAAUUAGAAGAGGAAGUUCAAGUAGAAACACUAAAAUCACGAUUUUUCUCUACAUUCGAAGCUCAUGUUAAGGUUUUGUCAAAAUCGAAUGAGCUUUUAGAUAUUCUUUGUCAAAGAGCUGGUCCUAGUACUGCACCCAAUCCCCCUCCUAUCCCUUUAAUUGAAGCUUCUCCGAAUAUAUCUUUACCACCUUGUGACACUGAAAUAUUUCAUGGUGACUAUCAGUCAUGGCCCACCUUCCGUGACAUGUUCACGGCCUUAUAUCGGAACAGCACACGAUUAUCGCCUGUUGAGAAAAUGUGUCACCUUUUAAAGAAAACCCAGGGCGAGGCUCGCGAGCUACUACGAACAUGUCCCAUAACAAAUGACGGAUUUGAAAUGGCGUGGGCAAACCUUGUAAACAGAUACGAAAACAAGCGAAUCUUAAUAAAUGCUCAAUUAAAGACUCUUUUUAACAUUUCCCCAAUCACUAAAGAGACAGGUAGUAACAUUCGACGUAUUCAACGCACAAUCAACGAUUGUGUUACAAAUUUGUCUCUUUUACAAAUCGAUACUGCGAACUGGGAUAUUAUAUUUGUGUACAUUUGUUCCACUUGCCUUCCAGAAGUCACUCUUAGUUUUUGGGAACAAUCGUUACCCAAUAGUACCGAAUUGCCGACUUGGAAGCAAAUGGAUGCAUUUUUGACAUCUCGGUUCCAAACACUAGAGUCAGUUGCAGAUAUUCGCACCACAUUCACCAACUCUAAUACUUCUCAUCCAAAUAAGUACCCUAACACAAAAAAAUCAGAAAAGAAGAAGCUAAACAGCUACAAUAACAAGGUUUCUGUCAAUAAGAAUGCCAAAUGUUCUAUAUGUUCCGAACCGCACCCCCUUAGACUAUGUCCCACUUUUCUCGGAAUGUCUGUUGAAGAUCGUUAUGCAAUCGUGAGAAAACAGAAACGAUGCACUAACUGCCUUGGGACUUCACAUGAAAUAAAAGCUUGUAGAAGUCAAUAUAUUUGUUUCUUGUGUAAGGGUAAACACCAUUCAUUGCUCCACCGCACCGAAAAUUCUAAACCCCAAACAUCUACUCGAACAGUGGUUAAUCCCCCGAAUAAUAAUUGUGUGAAUAACACCCCUGAAACUUCAGACUUAAAUCUGAAUCCAUCCACUUCUGCUGCAGCAGCAGCCCAAAUUAGACAAGCCUUUUCUACCCAGUUACAGUCCACCUCGAAUUCAAGCGUUUUGCUUGGAACUGCCUUGGUCGAUAUAUAUUCACACAAUCUAAAGUACACCGUCAGAGCCUUAAUAGAUUCAGCAUCUGAGGCAACCUUUAUAUCACGAAAACUUCAACAUAAACUUUCCCUCAAAACUCAACCUUCACAAACGGACAUCCAUGGCUUAAACGAUGCGUUAACGGCAACAUCUACGCAGUUAUGUCAUAUUCGCAUAGGUUCGCCAAUUGAUAACGCGUUCGAGAUAUAUGCCAACGCGUUCGUAGUAAAAAAGUUAACUAGCCAACUUCCGUACUAUCCAUUAGCCGAGCUAAAAGCAAGCGUUUUUUCCGACUUAAAAAUGGCUGACACAUAUCGUAGUAAGAAUUCUGAAAUCGAAUUACUUAUUGGCGGAGAUGUUUAUCCCAAGAUUAUGCUAACUGGUUUAUUGGCUCAACAGACAGUCUUCGGUUGGAUUAUUACCGGUAAAGUUGCCACACAACACAGUAGUCGUUCUGUUUCAUCCUUUUACAAUGAGGUAGCGUUGAAUAAUCAACUCCAGAAAUUCUGGGAACUCGAAGAAGUUCCAAAGGAAACGAAAUUAUCGGACGAAGAUCUUCACUGUGAAAACAUUUAUAAAUCUACUACCUACCGUAAUGACACCGGACGUUUUGUGGUUUCGUUGCCAUUUCGACACGAAUAUCCUGAGAAUAUAAACAUUGGGUCUUCUCGUAAUAUCGCUCUUUCGCAAUUCCUACGAAACGAAAGUAGAUUGAUGAAAAAUCCCCUCUUAAAAGCUGAAUACGAUCGCGUUAUUACUGAGUAUUCCACUCUGCGUCAAAUGUCGAAUGUUGCCCCUUCUACUAGCCAAUGUACUUAUUAUCUUCCUCAUCAUGCGGUUAUUAAACCUGACAGCACAACCACUAAGUUGCGCGUUGUUUUUAACGCGUCUAGCCCUUCAUCCAAUGGAAAAAGUCUAAAUGAUCUCCUCUACCCUGGUCCUACCUUACAGGCAGAUUUGACCAUACUUGUUUUGCGAUGGAGACUAUAUCGAUACGUAUUCAAUGCCGACAUCGAGAAGAUGUAUCGACAGAUUAUCGUUAACCCCUCUCAUACGCCGUUCCAACGGAUAAUAUUCCGAACAUCCCCGAAUACAAACCCGCAAGAUUUCGAGUUAAACACAGUAACUUUUGGAGUAAACUGUGCCCCAUAUCUGGCGAUCCGCACACUACUCGAGUUGGCUAAUGUAUGCGAAAAAACGCAUCCUAUUGCAGCAGAUAUCCUCCGCAACUUUAUGUACGUGGAUGAUGUAUUAGCCGGCUCUCACACACUCUCUUCUGCGCUCAAGGCUAGAGAUGAACUUAUCGAAGUUCUGCAAUCAGCGGGGUUUUCUCUACGCAAAUGGACAGCUAACCAUGACUAUAUUCUGAAAAAUCUUUCCUCUGAUCAGUUGCUAGAUACAGAGUUCCUGAAACUAUCAGACUCUAGUACCGCGAAAACUCUCGGCUUAAGAUGGAAUGCAGGACAAGAUCACUUCUACUUCAAGCUUCAAACACCCCCUAAUCAAAACUCUAUAACCAAACGAUCAGUUCUGUCUGAGAUUGCCAAACUUUUUGACCCCGCCGGUUGGCUGGCUCCCAAAAUCAUAGUCGCGAAGAUGAUCAUGCAGCAAAUCUGGAAAGACGAAACUAAUUGGGAUGAAGAUCUUAAACCGUCUACAUUGCUUCAGUGGCAGUCAUUUUUAGAUGACUACAUAAAUAUAGGACAAGUUAAAGUUCCCCGUUUUGUUGACUUCGAUCCAUCGUUUUCUAUCGAAUUACAUGGAUUUUGUGACGCUUCCGAGAAAGCUUACGCAGCAACGCUGUAUAUACGGGCCGAAAACGCUGGCUUUGUAUCGACUCAUCUUCUAGUCGCCAAAACUAAAGUGGCCCCGGUGAAAUUUGUUUCCCUACCCCGAAAGGAGCUCUGCGGGGCUGAAUUAAUGGCCAAUAUGAUCCAUUCUAUCCAAUCUCAGCUCAACCUUCGUGAUUAUAAACUAUUUCUGUGGACAGAUUCAACCAUAGUCUUGGCUUGGCUACAGAAACCCCCCAACAAAUGGAAAACUUUUGUAGAGAAUCGAGUUUCUUCCAUCAUUGAAAAGGUUGGAAGUCAAUCAUGGUCGCAUGUUGACUCCAAAAGUAACCCCGCCGAUUUGGCAUCCCGGGGAAUCACAAUAUCCCAACUUAUACGUAGUGAUUUAUGGUGGCAUGGUCCUUCAUGGCUUAGAUCUCCUCACUGUGACUGGCCAAAGGGUCCCACGAACUUCUCUACUGAAGAAGAGAUUAGGCCUGUUCAUGUUCACUUGGUUCAACUGCCAAAUAGUGAUGUUUUAACGAAUUUCUCUGAUUUUAGCAAAGCCUUGCGUAUUUUCUGUUAUAUAUAUCGUUUUUAUUACCGGACUUAUAGUAAAAUGCGUCAUAAGUUGGAAACAGGUGACGUUUUUACUCGAGCAGAAGUGCUUAACGCUAAAAAUCACUUGAUUAUUGCUUGCCAGAAACUACACUUUGAGAAUGAAUAUAAUGUGUUAUCCCAAGGCCUUGAAAUACCCAGGAAAA